UGGAAUCGAGAACAAAAAGGUCUCGUACCCCGAAUUGGGAUUCGUCCGAUCCAGUAAGUAAUAUCAGCGGUAAGAACCUUUGAAUGAAUUCAACAAAACUUCUUACUUUUCUUUUAGAUUCUUUUCUUUUCGAUAGCUUAUAGAAGACAAAAUUAAAAUUAUAGAAAAUAAAAAUGUUGACACCAACACAUCCCUCAUGAAAAGGAGACGCCUGGCGUGAAAUAACCGAUAGUUUCAACAGUUUAAGCGCAACGAUGAGAAACAUCUCAAAUUCAGGCUCAAUGGCGAGGAACUAAAAUGAAGGCCAAAGCAGAGAUGUCGGCCUUCCAAAGAAACCUGAGAGCAACAGGUGGUGGACCACCUCCCAAGUCACCUGAGCUUGAGCACAUCAAAUUGAUGGCACUUAUCCCCCAUGAAUUUGAGGUGGAUACAAAUGAUUUUGAUUGCGAUACUGGGAUGAUAAAAGAAAACGUAACUUCUUUUAAGACACUGGUUGUAGACGAUGAAUAUGAAGUUUUUUUUGUAGAGGAUGAAUCGCCAAGGAAAUAUGUAUCAUCAACUUUUUCUUCACCAAAAAUACAUGCUCCAUCACCACCAAUACCAUCACCAAAACCGCAAUCACCUUCACCUCCACCUUUGGAUACUUUUUCUGAAAAGAACUCAGCAUCAUUUAAACGGAAAGUAGCACAUUACAUGCAUUCCUCUUCGUAA